AUGAACUUCUUCCGAGAUAGAGACGCCAACAGCAAUGUCUUUGACAAUCCCAAGAAUGAUCCCACUGCUCCUAAUCCCACCACAUCGCCGCCCAAGAAGCCAAAGUUCGACAAGCUGCCUCCAGAUGCUAGCUCCACCGCCAGUGUUGAAGCCCAAGAUGCAGCGCUAGCCAGUCUGCGCAAACGUAUCGCUGGUCCUUCCUCCGCCAAAGCCGGCCUAGCAAAAGAUCAAGAUGAAAUAAAUAGGAUCAUCUACCAAGUUUCCAAAGGAAGCAAGUUCUUCGAGAACGAGAGAAAGAAGGAUGCUCAGACAACCGAGCGCAUCAACGCUCUUCUUGCACGUCGAGAUCAGAAGUUGCUCCACGUCCCUCCCGCUAGCCCGGAAUGGCUUGCUAUCGAGCGCAAAAUUCAAGACAUGGCGACCCAGCUCGAGAACUCGCGCGAUCUCUCACGCAUCAUCCUGCAUACCGACAUCGACAUGUUCUACGCCGCCGUCGAGCUUGCGAGGGACCCCUCGCUCAAAGGCAAAUGCUUCGGUGUCGGCUCAGGUGUGCUCGUCACAGCAUCCUAUGAAGCUCGUAGGGGAUAUGGUGUGCGCAGUGGUAUGGCCACAUUUGUCGCCAAAGCGCUCUGUCCUCAUCUUAUCGUGGUCAAGAGCGACAUGCAGAGCUACCUCCAAGCCAGUCACAAGGUCAUGGCUGUCUUUGAACAGUACGACGAGAACCUCGCCAAAGCUUCCCUCGACGAAGCCUAUCUAGACAUCACCGAAUAUGUCGAGCAGCACCGCGGCACUAUCGACCAAGUCGUCCAGCACUUGCGAGAUCAGGUUCGAAACGAGACGCAGCUUACCGUCAGUGUCGGUAUCGCACCCAAUACCAUGCUUGCCAAGAUCUCAAGUGAUCGCAACAAGCCCGACGGACAAUUUCGCGUCCAGCCUGAUCGCAAAGCUAUCCUCGACUUGAUGCGUCACCUCCCUUGUCGAAAGAUCCCUGGCAUAGGACGAGUCAACGAGCGCAUUCUUGAAAGCUUAGGGGUCACCACCUGCGGCGAGAUCUGGAACAAGCGUGUCCAACUCUGGCUCGCAUUAGAUGGCAAGAUCCAAUGGCUCAUCAAAGCCCAUCUCGGCAUUGGCAACACCCUCGUUGAGCCAAGCAAGCGAGAGGAACGCAAGAGUGUUGGUCGAGAGCACACCUUCAGCCCUACCUCGGACACACAAGCUCUGCUGCAUUUCUUGAAAGAGUCUUCCGAUCGUGUCCAACAGGAUUUAGAGAGGCUAGAGUUCAAAGGCAAGACCGUCACCCUUAUUGCCAAGCGCGAAAACUUUCAGCGCUUCUCGCGCGCUCGUACCUCGACCAGGCCGGUCAACCGCGCCCAGGAGCUGUAUGAUAUUACCCGCUCGCUGUUGCUGCAAGAGAUCGAGCGCGAGGGGCCGCUCUCCUUGCGGUUGAUUGGGGUCAGGGUGACUCAUCUCGUAGAUCUCCGUGGUGCAGCGGCGCGGGAGGAAAGGCUGAGGAAGCUUUUCCGAUCACGAUCUACGAACAAGGACGAUGAUAGUGCUGCGAGUGGUGAAGACGUUGCUGCAAGUGCGGUUCGCAAGCGCAAGACAGCUCAACAGUGGCAAGAAGAGGAAGAACGACAGCUUGCCCUUGCUAUUCAACAAUCACUACAAGGCACAGCAGAUCCAUUGAAUAAUGUGCGCGACCUCAGUCAAGAUGAUCCACUAUCUCGGCCUUCUGGCGAUCAGACUGCAAGCAAGCUCGACGACCUGCAGAAGCAAGUCUAUGCUUCAAAUUCAAAGUCACGCACUGCAACCCCAUGCGCUUCUCCAGCGCCACCUCAGAUGGAGAGCAGCAGUGUUCAGUGUCCCAUCUGCAGCAAGAUGAUCAGCGGCUCAAAUGACCAACUCAACGCUCACAUCGAUACUUGUCUCAAUCAGACAGAGCUUGGGUCGCCAGCAGAAGGGACACACCCAGUUGAACCUGCCGGUGAGACCAAAAAGAAACGCGGCCCACUUGACUCCUUUGUCCGUAGAUCGAAGAGUUGA